AUAAUACGUCCAUUUGUGAUCAUUCUAAUGGUCAUCUCGAGUGUCUCAUCAAACAUGGAUGCACACUCUAUUCCUCUGCUACUACUAAAUUUCAUUCAUUUAUUUUUGCGCAUCUCCGCUCGUGAAUUUCUCUCGCCAGGCUCUUAUCUCUCUGUGGAGGACAGCUCUGACGUUCUCCAUUCACCAGAUGGUACUUUCAUCUGUGGCUUCAACAACAUUUCCAAAAAUGCUUCCGUCUUCUCUAUUUGGUUCUCCAACACAGCCGAGAAGACUGUCGUCUGGAGUGCAAAUCAUUUCCACCCCGUGUACUCCUGGGGCUCCCAAGUCAUGCUAGGCACAGAUGGAAGAAUGAUUGUAAAAGAUUAUAAUGGCCAACUCGUGUGGGAAAACAAUGUCAACUCUUCCUCAAAAGCCGAACAAGCUCAGCUGCUGGACACUGGGAAUCUCAUUGUGAAGGGCCAAGGUGAUAUCAUUCUAUGGCAAAGCUUUGGUUCUCCUACUGAUACACUGCUUCCAUAUCAGAAUAUUACUAGUGCUACAAAGUUGGUAUCUACUCAUAGGUUACUUCUUGUUGGGCGUUACAGCUUCCAUUUUGAUGAUCAACAUUUACUCACACUAUUUUAUGAUGAGAAGGAUAUAUCUUUUAUCUAUUGGCCGGAUCCAAGAAUGAGUGUGUGGGAAAAGCGAAGAAACUCAUUCAAUAGCACCACAAUUGGGGUCCUUGAUAGCUGGGGGUAUUUUCUUGGAAGUGACAAUUUAACUAUUAAGGCUGCUGAUUGGGGUUCCAAGGUUAUGAGAAGGCUAACAUUGAAUUAUGAUGGCAAUCUUAGAUUAUACAGUCUAAACAAGACAGAUGGAAGUUGGUCGGUCACAUGGAUGGCAUAUCCUCAGACCUGCUCUGUACGUGGUCUGUGUGGCAUGAAUGGAAUAUGUGUGUAUACACCUGGUCCAGCUUGUGCAUGUUCCCCUGGACACGAGAUCGUCGACCCAACUGACCGGAGCAAAGGUUGCAGGCCAAAAUUCAAUCUCAGCUGUGACGGCCAGGAGAUGUUUGUGAAGCUUCCUAGCACUGAUUUCCGAGGUAAUGAUCAAAGUAGCCAUAACUUAGUUUCACUUGAUACUUGCAAGAAGAUAUGCUUGAACGACUGCAACUGCAAAGGUUUCUCAUACCUGCAAGCAACUGGAGAUUGCUAUCCAAAGUGGUCCCUUGUCGGCGGUGUAACCAGUCCGUAUAUUCGGCGUUCUAUGUAUCUCAAGUUUCCUAAGACAUUCCAGGUCUCGGAUUCCUCAAUUCCUCACUCGCAACCUUUUGGUUCUAGGUAUGUUCCUAACUGUAGUGCAAAGAGCGAAUAUUUCACUGUAGAUUUUCUGGAUCAACCGAAGAAUACUCAGAGUGGAUUAAAAUCACAGUACUUGUACUUAUUGUAUGGAUUCUUGUUAGCGAUAUUUUGUGUGGAGGUAAUAUUUGUGGCACUAGGGUGCUGGUUUAUGUUGAGAAGGGAGAGCAAGCAGUUAACAGGAGUAUGGCCAGCUGAGGUUGGCUAUGAAAUGAUAACCAACCAUUUCCGCAGAUACACUUACAAGGAGUUGCAAAGAGCGACUCAAAAGUUCAAGGAUCAAAUUGGGUGUGGCGCAUCUGGUCAUGUAUACAAGGGGGUCUUAAAAGACAAGAGGGCAGUAGCGGUGAAAAGGUUGGCAGACAUAAACCAAGGCGGAGAAGAAUUCCAACAUGAACUCAGUGUGAUUGGAAAGAUUUACCAUAUGAAUCUGGUGAGGGUAUGGGGUUUUUGUUCGGAUGGCCCACACAGGAUAUUGGUUUUGGAGUAUGUUGAGAAUGGUUCUUUGGAUAAAACUUUGUUUAGUAGCACAAGGUUACUUGAAUGGAGUGAAAGGUUUAAGAUUGCUUUAGGGGUGGCAAAAGGAUUGGCCUAUCUUCAUCACGAAUGCUUGGAGUGGGUUAUCCAUUGUGACUUGAAGCCUGAAAAUAUACUGUUGGACGACAACUUACAGCCGAAGAUCAGCGACUUUGGCCUGGCAAAACUUGUAAAUAGGAGCGGAUCCAACAAAAAUGUAUCGAGAAUCCAUGGAACUAGAGGUUACAUAGCUCCUGAGUGGGUUUCUAGCCAGCCAAUAACGGCGAAGGUUGAUGUCUACAGCUUCGGCGUGGUUCUUCUGGAACUGCUGAAGGGGGCUCGUGUUUCAGACUGGGCAUCAAAUGCGGACGAGGAAGUGGAAAUGGUCUUUGGAAGGGUCAUCAGGAUGCUUGCAGAAAAUCUAAUGCUGGAGGGUGGCCAACAGUUAUGGAUAGCCGACUUCAUUGACUUAAGGUUGAACGGCCAGUUCGACAGCUUGCAAGCAAGGGCGAUGUUCAAGUUGGCUGUUUCAUGUGUAGAAGAAGAUGGUAGACAAAGGCCCACCAUGGAAAAUGUUGUGCGGAUGCUUCUUUCGGUUGCUUGAUGAAGCUAUUGGCGUAACAUAAAGAGUUUUCCAUUUGAUAUUGUAUAUGCAGCAUGCAUGUAUAUUUAUGCUUGUUCUUCUUGGUCCAAAACAAGACAUAUGUGUGAUGUGUAUCAUGUAAUGUAACAAUAAGCAUGCAUGUCAUGUAUCAUAGGUUCGUCCGAGUAGCAGUACACAUUAGCAUGUUUCGUUUUGGUUUUGGUUUGUGUCUAAGUCUCUAAGACUCUAUGUCGGAUUAGUACCCCGGUCCCCGGGUCAUACUCCUAUAAAUGCAAUGAAAAAACACCA